AUGGAAGCAGCAAUGAAUCUUAUGAUUGAGAAACUGAACUCAGCCGAGGUACAAAUGAAUGAGUCAAUGCGAGAGAAGGAUAGUCUUGAAGAGAAACUGAAGCAUGUUUUGGAGGAGAAAGUGACACUGGCUAAUCAGAAGUCUACGAUUGAAGUAGCUUUGGAAGAAUUUGUGAAGUCAACUGAGUCAAGGAAAAAGAGGAGCGGCAGAUCGAGUGCCGAUGACUCUGAGGGAACACGUUUGACACCAAGUGAAGGCUGCUCUGGGUACAACACGCCUAUAUCGAAAGAAGGAUCGCCCCGAAAUAGUGGACUUUUUGAGAACAUCCAACCCGUAACACAAGCUGCUGCAGUUGGCAAUUUCUUUGAAGGGAAAGCUAUCAGCGAGAUUUUCAAAUUAGUUGAAGAAGAAAGAAAGUGCCUGGAGGCUAAUCUAUCUUCUGUGACGAAGGAGAGGGAUGCUUUGUCUGUUAGAACUGGGGAGCUCGAAGAUUAUCUUGAUCUAGAGAGGCAGAAAUUCAAACAGGCCAGUGACGAAAUAGCUCAAUUCCACCUUCAAAGCCAGCAGGCUGAGGAUGUAUUCCGUGACCAGGUUUACAGCUUACAGGAUGAGAUUUCAAGGGUCAGGCACUUUAACGAAGAUCUAGAAAAGAAAGUCGAGGAAGAUGCAGAAUCGAUUGAUGGCUAUAAACAGAUGAUCGAGAAACUUGAGCACGAGUUGCGUGAAGUGGAAGAUCGGCUUGCUGACAAAAAUCUUGAGCUGUCCAGGGUUAAUGAAAGCUGUGAACAAAUUCAAGCGGAACUAGGAAGUAGGGAAGAGCAGUUUGAGAAGAUUACAAAGCAAAAUAAGUUAAUGAAGCAGAAGCUUAAGGAGCUGCUAAAAGAAAAUGCAGAGAAGGAAAAACUGAUGAAUGAGAAAGAUGUGCGUAUUGAUGAGCUAUCAGGAUUAUCAGAGAAGCUUGAUAAGUCUUUAGCUGAUAUUGAGAUGUUUGAAGCAGAGAUCAAAGAUAAAGAUUCAAGAAUUGCAACACUUGAAGAAGAAAGCUUAGCAAAAUCUUCUGAAGCGAAAAUUUUAGCAGAGAGGAUAUUAGAGCUGGAAGAAGAUUCUAGUCAGUUGCGAGAAAUGAGUACUAAUGAGCUAUGUGCGGUCAAUGAGAAGACAGCUUAUUUGGAACGCAGCUUCAGAGAGGUUGAAGAUACAAGAAAUGUAUUAAAAGAAGAAGUUGAGGCCAAAUCACGUGAGAUUGAUGAUUUGAAUAGUAUCUGCUCAGUGCAGAGAGAAGAACUAUGCAGUUUGAAGGAUAUGAUACAACGCAAAGAUGAAGAGUUGGCAGUUACAAAAAUAAACGUUAGCAAUCAGGAGCAGACGAUUGGUGAAUUUUCAAUGAAGCUUGAAGCUGCAAAUUCUUCUCUGCAAGAAAAAGAGGGUAAACUUGUUGCUCUUGAAGGUGAAAUUGGAGAUGUGAAGAAUAAUAUGGCUAUAGCUGAUAGUGAGCUUGAAUCACAGAAAGUUCAGAACACGCGACAGAUCGAGUAUAUUUCGAAGCUAGAGGAAGAUUUGUCGGAGGUGAAUGCAGAACUGGCAAAGGUACAAGUUGAGUUGUCAGAAUCAAAAGUAGAAAAUGAGUCGUCUUCUGUCAAUUGUAGUCAGCUACAAGAUGAGCUUCGGCUGCUGAAAGAAAGCGUUGCAGAAAGUGAAACGAAAGUUGCAAAAGAAAGAGAGGACUGGCAAUCAAAGGAAGAACAGUCUAAGGAAGAUCUAGACGCAAAACAUAGAGAAAUUGAAAAGUUACAGCUUGAAAAGGACGAUUUUGAGGCAAAACUUCAAGGAAUGGAAGAAAUGGCAGUACAACAAGAUGCUGGAUUGAAAGAAAUUGUAGACGGAAAGAAUAAAGAGCUUGAACUGCUUAGAGAUGAAAGCCGAAUGCUAAGUCAAGAACUAGCAGAUUCUCAAAGAAGUGUAGUUGACCAUAAAGAAAGAUUGACUGUAGCUGAAUCAAGUUUAGAAGAAAGUAAGUCGAGGUUUCAUGAAACGGAGAAGAAUCUGAAUGAAAUCAUCUUAAACAAGGACUCUGAUAUUUCUAAAAUGGCAGUAGAGAUUGAAGAAUUGAAUGCCAAGUGCAAGGAUAGAAUAUCAUUGCUUGAACAAGCACAGAAAACGCUAGAUGAUCUUCGGGUUACUUUAAAAGAGACUAAAGAAACGAAAGAAUCGAAAGUCGAUGAGCUCGAGAAAGCAAGAAAGCAUCAUUCAUCACUAGAAACUCGUAUUUUCGAACUGGAGAAAGAGAACUUACGGCUUCAAGAUAAUGUUGAAGGUAAGGAAAGAGAGUUAGAGUCAGUUUGUAACAAACUAGCUAUGCAAUCUGAGAUGAUGGAUUUACGGGUGAAAGAAUUAGAAGAAGAGAGGCAAACUUAUGAAGACCAAUUGAAGGCUAUGCAAGCAGGUCAGAGUGAGGGUGAAUCUCAGAUUGUUGAUCUUAUGAACAAGAUUCACGAGAUUACGCAAGAAAAGGAUGAAUCUUUCAAGUCCAUUAUGGGGUUAAAUAAUGAGAUCGAGACUCUAAACAAGCGCAUUUUGGAUUCAGAAGAUGAGAUAGCUAAUCUCAAAAAAUGCGUUCAGGAUUCAGAAAACGAAAUUCAGAGCCAUGUUGUCGAGAAGCAGAAUCUUUCUGAUGAAAAUUCUGCCUUAAAAUUGGAGGUGAUUCGUUUGGAAUCUCAAUUAGAGGCUAGCGGGGAAAUGUUAAACAAGAAGUUUAUUGAGUUGGAGACAGCAAAUGAGAAACUCCAUUCCUUUGAAACUGAAGUCGCGAAACUUUUGAAGGAUAAAGAAGAGUUGAGAUUUUCUUUGGAAACUUCAGAAAAACAUAUAGCACAACUACUUGAGCAGGAAGAAAAAUUGAAAACCGCAUUUGAAGAAGAUAUGGACUCAACAAAGGCUUCAAUUUCUUCGGUCACUAAUGACUUACAAAUGGCUAAAGAAAGAGAAGAAUCCUUGAAUCAAACAAUCUCACAGCUAGACAAAGAACAAGAUCUUCUAAAGUCUAACCUUGAAGAGAGGGAGCUAUAUUGCAGGUCUCUGGACAAACAAAUUGAGGAUCUGAAAAUUCAGAUCGAGAAGGCAGACCAGGAGUUUGAAGCUGAACGAGAUAUUUUUGCUGGUAAAAUCUCAGAGCUUGGCUCUUACGAACAGAAAAGGGAAGAACAAGAGAGCCUUUAUCUUAGUGAAAUCGAAAGAUUGAAAGCAGAAGUAAGUGAAAUGAAAGAGUUGUUAAUAAAAAGGAAUGAAGAAGUUGAAAAUGUCAACCAAGAGAUACAAUUACGCAGCAAUGAUGUUGGCACAUUGAGACAGACUGUUGAUGAGAAGAAUAAGGCGUUUGAAGAAUACAAAUUAAAGGUUGCAAAGAAACUGAAAUCUAUGAAGGAUGAAAUGAAGAAGUUAAAUUCGAUUGUUGAUGGAUUAAAAGUCAAAGAGGGAAGAUUGUUAGAACUAGAAUCUUCGAUGGGAGAAUUGCAAGGUGAAAAGCAAGGUCUUAUUUCACAAAUUGAAGCAUACCGACAUAAGAUUAUGGAAUCUGAAAGCCUCAAUGUAAGCAGAGAAGAGAAUUUAAGGAAUUUCGAGACUGAAAUGGCUAGGUAUCACCGGCUGCUUCAGGAUAAAGAUGAAGAAGUUUUAGCAGCUAAAGACAUGAUGAAAGUUUCGAUGGAGGAGCUGCAAAAUAUACAGGAAGAAGUUAGAAAGAAAGAGGAAAAGAUUAGGCUUUUGCAAGAGCAGUUGAUUGCAAACGAGGAGGAUCUUAGUGCGUCAUUUACAGAAAAACAGAAUGAGAUCGAUGAUAUGAAAGAUAGACUGCAGAAAAUGGGAGCUGUAGUGGAGGAGAAGGAUAGCAGUAUUGUUGAACUGUCAGGCGUCAGGAAUUCAUUGGAAGAAAAGUUGGCUACCUUAGAGAACGAAAACCUGAAAGCAGUCGAAAAUUUGGAAGUUGUAAGUAAGAGUAAGGAAGAAUUAGCUGCAGAAAAUCGUUAUCUCAUAGAUCAAACCGAAAUACUGAAAAAUGAGGUAGCAGAGAUCGAUAAAGCCAGACAGGAUCUUGCCAAAGAGGUUCUUAAGCUCAAAGAAGAUUUAUCAGCAACAGCUGAAAAAUAUUCUGAAGAUGCAACCGUUCAUGAGCGAUAUCAGACGUUGGUUGCCGAAAAAGAGGAUCUGCAAAAACGUCUGGAGGAACUUCACGAGGAAUACGAGUCUACACUAUUAGCAAACAAGGAGAAGAUGGCAGAAAUCGAGAUUUUGACUGAGCAGCUGGAGAGGAAGGGAGAAGAAGUCGAGAGCUUAAAGUUACAAGCAAGAACUAAUGUUUCAGAGGAUGAAAUUGUUAGACCUUACCAAGAGCAAAUUUUGUCUCUUCAAGCAGAGGCAGAUAAGAGGAAAAAAGCAGUUGAAGAAUAUAAAUCAAAAGCAUCUAAAAAAAUUAAGAGCUUGAAAGAAGAAAAUGCUUCUCUUCAAUCAACAAUCGAGGAGGUUAAAAAGAGGCUUGAGGAGCAGCACCAAAAUGCAAAUGAGUCAUUAUCUGCCCUAGAGCAGGAAAAAGAGUUGCUCAAUCAACGAUUAGUCGAAUUACAAAAUGAAUUGGAUCAAAAAAGUGAAACACUUGAAACUUCAGUUUCUAAAGUAGAGGAAUUUCACAACUUGGCUGAGAUGAAAGGAAACGAGGCGGAAGAAAUUAGAUUCGAGGCUGCAAAACUAAAGCAGAGACUGAAUGAUAAAGAAGAAGAGAUUCUUGCUGUAAAGGAGAUGAUGCACUCAUCUAUGAAUGAAAUGCAACUGCUUCAAGAAGAUAUCAAGGAAAAGGAGAAUAUUAUUUUGUCACUUGAGACCAAAUCACAAAGCAUCGAGGAUAGUUUGAAUUCCAGUAUAUCUUGUUUGAAUGAAGAGCUGAUCUCACUAAAAGAACAACAUGACCUCAAGAUCAAGCAGAGUGGGGAGUUUGAAGAAAAGUUGGCUGAAUCCAGUGAGCAGCUAGGUACCCUCCAAAAUAUGCUUGACACAACAAACUUGGAGUACAAUCGUUUGAAAGAAGAAUUCGAAAAGAGAAACAACGAAUCUUCAGCUGCAGGAGGAAAAGAUUCUAUUCUGCUGGAAAAAGAAUCCGAGGCAAUCAAACUGAAGCUUGCAAAAGCAAUUAAAAAGCUAGGGACAAUGAAGAAGGAUCUGCAAGCGAAAGACGAAUUGGCACGUGCUUUGGAAGAACAGGUGUCAGUUUUGAAAUCAUCCACCCAAAACCAAGAGAAAGAGCUGCAGGAGAGUACAGAGAAUAUCAAAAGACUGGUUGAUGAGAUAGGGAUAAAGAACAAAACGAUCAAAGCUCUUGAAGGGGAGAUUCUUUCACUACAAGGUUCUCAAAGAUCCGAAGUCAGUGAAGUGAUUGUUCCUGCUAGUGAAGUGGCGGUCUAUGCGGAUAACGUUGAUGGCUGGGGUGAAAUUGAUAGCUUCAAUAUGGGGCAGUCUGUGACAGGAGAGGUGCAACCAGUGGCAGAGACUGUAGAUGUUGUGGAGGAGCAGCUACAAGGGACUAGUCCAGAGGAUUCUGCCAAUCAGAAUUUGAUCUUGCAGCUCAAGGCGGAGAAGGAAGAUGUUAGCAAAAGUUUUAAGAAGGCAAGUGAUCAGCUUGAAAAGGCAAAGAAAAGGAUAGCAGCUUUGAAGAAAGCAGAAAUGAAGACAGAAAAGGAGAACGGAGAGCUUAAAGUAGCCAUCGCUGAAGAAAAGAAAACAAGAGAGGUAGAAAUGUCUGAAUGGCAAACGAAGGUUGAUGAGCUCAGUAAGAAAUGCUCUGAAAAAGAAACCAAUGUUUUUCAACUUGAAAAACAGAUGCAUUCGUUGAAAAGUGAAGUGAAUGAACUGAAUAAACUGAAGGGGAGAUUAGAGGGAAAGAACGAGGAUUUAAAGAAACUUGUAGAAGCAAUGGCUGAGGAAAAACAUGAACUCGAUGAUGAAAUGAAAGACAUGUUAGCUGAGAUCAAAGAUGUUAUGGACAUCAAAGGUAAGCUGUUGAAGGAUUUAGAAGAUACUAAACAGAAUCUCGUGAGCUGUGAAGAUGAGAUAAAGAAAAUGAAAAAUUUACUAGAAUCUAAAGAAGCAGAACUUGUUGCAAGUGAAUGGAAGAUUCAGGAAUUGAAGUCAUUGGAGGAAGAGUUGGUUGACUUGAGGGAGAAGAAUCAAGUGCUGAAUAAAGAUGUUUCUUCAAAGUCAGUUAAAAUUGGUGAACUUGAGGAGAGCCUUAUAAUAAAGGAAAAUGAACAAAGUGCAUUGAUGGCAGAGAUUGCUGGUGCUAAAGAGAGACAGGCCCAAGAUCAAGGUAAGAUUUCUGAAAUGCUUCAGGAGAUCUCAACGAAAGAGAAGAUCAUUGAGAGCCAGCCAAACUGUGAAGCAUAUGAAGAGCAGUUGGCAAGUUUAAAGGAUGAUCUGGAUGCCAAAGAUGCAGAAAUAGUUAAGCUGAAUGUUUCAAUUGAAAAGUUUGAAGAACAGGAUAGGUAUCAAGAGUCAUUGAAAGAGAGGCUAGAAGAAGAACAUCAGAAGUCUCUUCGAUGUGAAGAAGAACAGCGAUUGGCAAUGGAAGAAUUGCAAGCAGAGUUGACUUUUGCAAAAGAAGAGCUAGACAGGGCGUCAAAAGGAUCGGAAAACCUUGAAAAGCUAAUGCACAGGGAUAGAAUGUUGGAAGAGGAGAUAUCACAACAUAAAGUAUUGAUAUCUGAGUUGAAUGAUGAGAUUGGACGGAAAGAUCAAGAGAUGGACGAGAUUAAGAGCAGAGUUAAAAAGCUGUUGGAAACAGAAGUGGAGCUAAAGAGGGCAUUAGAUGACCAAGAGUCGACUAGAAGGUUCUUAGAAAGUGAAAUUGAAUCACUAAAGAAUAAGCAGGAAGAGAGUUUUAAAGAAUCUGAUAAUGAGAAAAGCCUCCUUAGUACAGAGCUUGAAGAGCUUAAGUUAAACAGCUCUCAAAUGGAGACAUCUCUAAACGAAGAGGUAAAGUUGCUGCGAGAGAGGUUAGAAAAAGAGCACGAGGCUGUAAAUGAAAUGUCAAAACUUGAGCAAGAGAAAUUGGUUAAAUCUGUUGAAGAAUCUCAAAAUGUCGAAGAGCUGAAAACUAAGCUUCAGGAAUUGAAUGAGAGUCUAGAGAGCAAAAAUACUGUUAUUGGCAAGUUGAAGCUGAAGCUAAGGAAUACUAUGAAGGAUCGGGAUGUGAUGAAAGGUAAUCUUCAGUCUGAAGUAGAGAGAGUAAGUCAAGAAAAAGAUGUUAUUUUCAACGAGUUCCAAACGAAUACACAACAGCUAGAGAGAGAAAUUUCACAGCUCAAAUCUCGCAUUGUUGAGCUAGAAUCGGAGAAUGCUAGCUUAGAGAAAGAAUUAAAGAUCAAGACGAAAAAGAUUGAAGAGAGUGAAGACGAAGGAAAGAUUGCUCUUAAGGAGCUCACUGAAUUGCGAAAACGUGCAGAGUCAAGCUCUAUUGAGGUGUCAACACUUGAAAAUAAAGUUGCAUGUCUUGAAAAGGAAUUGGAAACAAAAGAAGAAAUAAUUGAGAAGUAUGAAUGGGAGGCUUCAGAAAAAGAGGAUAGGGUUCGAGAUUUGGAAAGAGAAGCACGGUUUUUCCAAGAUCGCAAAGAUGAAUGGGAAGAGCUUAAGAGAACCUAUGAAGAAACAAUCGAAGUGAAGGAGAAGAUCAUGGAAGGACUUCAGAAAGAGAUUGAAAAUAUUCAGGCAAAAAGAUUUCAAGAUUCAAACUUAAGGGAGGAAGAAGUUAGUUCUUGGAAAGAGAAGAAUAAUGAUUUGGAAGAAAAGUUGAAGUCGUUUGAAGAUCAGCUGAAAAUGGCCAACGAUGAGCUGCAAAUCGCUAGAGAUUCACUCGCCCCUUUGGAACACAUGCCGCUUCAAAUCUGUUCUGUUCUUGGCGUUGAUUUUGAUGCAGAAAAAGAAGUUGAUGUUUAUGAAAUUGUGUCAAACUUUAAAGGAAGCCAAGAGACGUUCUUAAAGUCGAGAGAUUCAAGAAUAGCAGGUUUAGAAGAAGAGCUUGAUAAGGUAAAUUGUAUGAAAAAUGACAUGGAAGAAAGUUUUGGUAGAUUUAAAGAAGAGCAAAAGCUAGAGCUGGAUAAAUUCCUGCGGGAAAUAGGUAAAGAUGAGCUUGUGUCUCAAGAGAUGUCCCUGUCAAGUAUUUUAGCCUUUGUAAAAUCGGAGAGAGACACCGGCAUGAAAGAGAAUCACGUGUUAAGCACUAAUGAAACAAAAUUGAAAGAUUUGAAUGCUGAAUUGGAGAUUAAAUUAAACAACGAAAGAAAGUCGUUUGAGGAGUUCAAGGCGAUGAAUUAUGAAGAGAUGACGUCAUCACUGCACGAGCAAGUUAAAGAGACAGAAAGACAGCAACUUGAAGCCGAAGAGAAAAUUGCGAAUUUUGAAAAUGAGGUGUUCGAGUUAGCUCAAGAAGUGAAGUCUAAGAAUCAAAUUGUUGAUGAUUUAAGUAGAGAAAAGGAGAAUUUAGAGAUGAAAUACACAGAAAUUCAGACAUCAUUCGACUUAUUAACGCUUGAAGCGCAAGGUUUGCGAGCAGAGAAAGAGAAUCUUGAGAGCAUGCUGCAAUCGAUGACCCACGAAACAGAAGCAUUAAAGUCCUCUACGUUACCUGAAAUGCAGGCACAUCUGGCGGCGAAAAAUAACGCAAUGCUUGAGCUGAGAGAGAACUUCAGCGAGAUUAUGUCAGAAAAAGAUUCAAUCAUAUCGACCCUGCGUAUUAGAAUUAACGAACUGCAGCAGAGCGCUUCUGAUGGAAAUGUGAGAAGUGUUGACGAGAUCGAUUCACUGAAAUCAGAAUUGGCUGAGAAAGAUAACCAGAUUAAUAAACAAAACGACGAGAUUGCCAAGCUAACAAAGAUGCGAGAUUGGCUGCAGAUGGAGCUGAACCAAACUAUCACAGAGAAAAAUAAUAUUGGAGGCUCUAUACAGAAUCAAUUUGAAGACAUCAGCAAGGGUCUAAGAGGUGAUAUCGAGAUGUUUAUGCAAGAGAGAAAGGAUUUUGAGACGGAGUUUCAAGUAGAAAGACUGCAACUGGAAAGAAAUAUAGCAGAACAGCAGCAAAGGAUUAAGGCUUUGGAAUCAAAUAUUGAGUCGAAAGAUAAGGAGAUUCUGGAAUUGAAUUUUGUUGUAAGAGAAUUGAGAAGAAGAGUUGAAGAUGCAGCUGAUAUAUUGAGCAAAGAGAGUUAUUAUGAGCAACUUGAAGAACGGGUCGAGGAGUCCUAUGGAAAGGUUAGCGAGGCCAGUGCUAGCGUAAGGGAAGCGAUGGACAGGGUUAGGGAGGAGCAGUCCAAAGUUCAAAAUCUGGAGAUGAAGCUGGAUUCGUUGAACAGGGAACGGGGAGAAUUGGUGUUGAUUUAUGAAGGGAAAUUGAAGAAAAUCCAAAAUGACCAUGCUAUGGUUUGCCAGUCACUUAAAUCCGAGUUGGAAGAAGCAGCGCAAGAAAAGCGAAAUGAAAUCGCAAAUCUUGUCGAUAAGAUCGAGGAGUUGCAUAGGAGUAAUCAGUUUGCAGAGGAAGAUCGCGAGAAAAGGUUUGCGGAAGAAAGAAAUGAUCUUGAGCAGCGACUUGACUCGUUGAGCAACGAAUUGAAGAUUCUUGAACAGCAAAAAGAGGACUCUAGAGAGCAGCUAGUGAGUCAAAUGUUGAUAAGUGCAGAUGAGAAAGUGGUUAAACUUCGUGAUGAAUAUGAGGAUAUUUUGUCUGAGAAGAACGAUAGGCUUCAUGAGUUGACGACGAAGAUCGAAAAUUAUGAAAGGAAGGUUGCAUCCUUAACAGAAUCAAACACAACUCUGUCAAAAAGUCUCUUUGUCCUUGAAGUUCAAAACAAAAAUCUGGGGAAAGAGUUUUCAAUCUUGAAUAGUCAAUAUCUCGAAAGCAAGGUUAAGCACAAAAAUGAGAUCGAAGAGUUAUUGGUUAAGAAAGGAAGUGAUUUUAAGCAACUAAGAUUGCAGUUUGAAGAAGCGUUCAACGAGAAAGAAGAAAUUUUGGAGAAUCUAAGAGACAGGGUCAGGACUUUGAGUGAGCAAGUAGAGAAAAAGUUCCAAGAAAAUAAUAAUUUGAUAUCAGAGAAAGAGAAACUUGUUGAACAAGGCAUAAAGAUGGACCUACUGAACGAAAAAUUGAAAGUAAGCAUUGAUUCAUUGUUGAAUUCUGUUUUUGAAAUGAGAAACAUGGAUGGACAAAGAUCUGUACCAGAGAAAUCUUCGACACAGAGCGAAAAUAUUGAGGAGGGGCUAGAUGGCAAAGAAAUUAGGGUUGAAUAUCAGUCGAGAGAAAGAGGUGAUAUGGAUUUCAUUCAUACAAUUGCUGAAGCCAAGACUGUUGUUGACAAUCACUUGCGAGCUGCAAAGAAAGAAGCCGAUUUUAUUCAAGUUGAUAUGCAAGAAUAUAGUGAAUUAGAAGAAACACUCACGAAUCUUACACUAGAAAAUGAACGAUUACGGGAAGUUGUUUCUGAGAAAUCAAUGAAAGAGGAAGAGGAAGAAAAGGAUCAGAAUAUCAGAAAGGUUGAAAAGGAAUAUCAAGACGAUGACUCUGGCCUGCAGUCUCUAGCCAUGGAAUCUACUGGCGCCCAACGUGUACACACCGGCUUGGAUUCAGAGUUGAGCAAAGCAGACUAUCAAGAGGAAGAGUCAGAUUUAAGAACUAUUUCUGAGGAUAUUAUAAUGCCAACAUCAUCAUAUCUGGAAGAAGGUGGAAAUUCAGAAUUGGCUGAGCCGCAAGACAUACUCGCUUUGAAGGAGCAGAUUGCUCUGCUGAUGUCAGAAAAAGAAAAGGCUCGUAGUGACCUCCGCAGCGUCGAAGAACGUGUUAGAAGCGAGUUUGAUGACAUCUUACAAAACUUGCGUGAAGAUUUACAAAAUGCCAUGAAUGAAAACAGAACGAUAAUGGCGGAAAAUUUUAUGCUGAAAAAUGUGGACACUAGCAGUAAAAAGUCAGGCGCAGUGGCUGAAAGAGGAUACGACAGUCGUGUACAACUUGAUGUCGGUUCGCAGACAGCUGAAAACACGGUGAAGUCUAUUCAGAGUGCUGCAAUGGCACCUUCCCAAGAGGCCUCGGCUCAAACUGACGUCAGUUUUGUUUAUCAGCCUGCGGAGGACUUGAAACACAGUGGAACUUCAACCGAUGAACGGAUUAAGAGGUAUAGUAGCUCAGAAAGACUUCCAGAAGUUGUGGAAGAUUCACUAUACAGCAAGAUGGUGUUUGAGCAGCUGCAAACAUUCUCAGAUAGUGCUCUGGAAGGAGAAGGGUUCGCAGGCCACAGCAAGCUUGAGUUAAGGCUUGGAGAAGAUGCUGAAGAUGGGGACAAGUCGACAAGUAUUUCUGAUUUGCAAACAGAGAUUGAGACUCUGAAUACACAACUGGAUCAAAGCAAGAAGCUCAUCGUUAAGUUGAAGCAGAUGGCAAAGAAGUACAAGACGGAGCUCAGUGAAGUACAGGCUGAGAAGUUCGAGCAGGUUCGUGUUUACGAAGAGGCGAUAAAUCUCACAAAGCAAGAACUGGAGGAGUCGAAUCUAGAAAAGGUGAGAAAGGAGCAAGAGAUCAGGAGUUUAAGAGAGGAGGUUAGGGUUCUGGUCAAGGAAAAAGCUGAGAUGGGGGACUCGAUCAAGUCAAGAAUAGAGGGAAUGGUGGAUGGCCAUAGGAAAACACUGUCUGAUGUAGCGGUGAAGAAUGACCAAGAAUUUGCGAAAAAAGAUGAAGUAAUCAGGGUCUUGUAUAACUUAAGAGAUAAUCACGAAAAGAAGAUAGAGGAUCUUGAAGGCCAGCUACUUCAAAUGACCGAGACAAAAGAAGGGCUAGUUAAGUUAAACGCUGAUUUGAAGAAUAAAUCCAAUGAGAAAGACACUGAACUGAAACAUCAACUCGAAUUAUUAAAUGAGAGUGAGGCGCAAUGUGUACACUUGGAGUCGAGGCUGCAUGCUGCUGAAAAUGAAGUGUUGAGACUGAAAACGAGACUUGACGUGGAGAAAACAGAUGCUGCUAUUGACAAUGCAAGAUUCGACGAUCAAGUGUUGUCCGACUGUGUUGAAGAACUAGAAAGGAGCAAGGUCGAGCUUGAAGAAGCCUUUGAAUUGAUCAGAGCAAUGGAGAUACGUCAGACUGAACUUGAAGAGAAUUACGAAGCUGAAAUCGGAGAGCUCAGUAAUGUUAUUGAAGCCCACGAAGAAACGAUCGCGGAAACGGGCAAGGAGAAGUUGGAGAUUGAGAAAUCGAUGCAAGAAAUGCGAGAGGAAGUUCAGCGAGUUGUUGAAGAAAAGGAUAGCAUUGUAGAAAAUUUAAGAAACGAGAAAAAUAGAGUUUUAGAAGAUAAUGAACUGAAGUUUAAUGAAAAGAUCGAAAUGAGUCAAAGCAGCAUUGUUGACUGUCAGGAAGAAAUAACCAAUCUUAGGAAUAAGGUUGACUCACAAAAUGAAGAAAUCGAGGUUUACAAAGCUAGAGUUAAGGAAAGUGAAGACAUGGCAAAAAGUUUCUCAGAAGCGAACGAAAAUUUACAGGCAUCAUUAGCGAAUAUUCAGUUCGAACUUGAAGAGGCGAUACAAAAUAAGAACCUAGUUGAAGACAAACUGGCAUUUUUUGAGCAUCAGGUUGAAGGGAUGAGAAAUGAACACGAAAACCAGGUAAGCAGGCAUCAGUUUGAACUGGAUCAGGCAACAAUUGCUGUUGAAGCAUUGCGUAGAGGUAUAGCUGAGAGAGACCAGGUAAUAGCGGGCUUUGGAAACGAUAUACAUGUGCUUAAAGAUGACUUGAUCAAGAAUAAAAAGAAAUCAAAGCGUCUAAAACGGGAUUUAGAGACAGCGAAGCGAUCAAGUCAAGAGUUAUCCGCUGGAAUUAGAGUUGAAAUGGAGAAAGUCGUUGAUGAGAUGCACCAGGAAAAAGCUAAUCUUUAUUCAGAUAUGCUGUCUAAGGAAAGAGAACUGCAAGAGGCCCGUAUUCAUACGGAUCAGUUAAUGAAAGAGAAGGAGCAUUGGAAUAUAAGGCCUAGAGAAAUAGAGUUGUUAACUGGGAGCUCUGGUACAGAAAAACCAAUGGGUGAUACCGAGCGACUGAGCUUGCAAGUUAAUCAGCUGAUGCGUGAAAAGGAAAAGGUAAUUGAUAAUUUUGAGUCAAAAGUCUCACAACUGAAGGAUGACUUAUUCGCCAUGGAGAAGGUUAAAAGAGGGGGUGACUUAAAGAUUGCUGAACUGACUGCUAAACUAGAUCACCUACAGCAGAAAGGAGGUUUGGCUGAGACAUCAGAACAACAGGAAAAACUACAGGAUUACAGUACCAAAGUAAAAAGUGUUAAAGGAGAUUUUGAAGAGCUGAAGAAAGAAGCCAGUGGGUUCGCUGAUGCAUCUAAGCUUAUGCUUGGUCAACUGCAGAAUGAACUCACAGGGAUGAUUUUAACAGCCGCACAAAAACAAAAUGCAGAACAAGGAAUUCUUCCAUCACCAAUGGCACCGUUAAGCCCUACAGUCGAUAUAGAUGCAAGAAGUUUAUCGCCUAUAGACAGAUUGGGUGAAGAUAACGGCGAGCUGGAAGAAGCAAGGGAACAAAUAGUGAUGCUUGAGGACUCCCUUCGAACAUGGAAAGAGAGGUGUGUUGAUCUCGAAGACCAACUCAAGCAGCAAGGUCUGUUGGAAGAGGAACCAUUCCCUGGUAGAAGAGGAAGUCGUGAGUUUUUAAUCAACAUAGACGAUGAAGGGCCUAGUAUUGAAUCUGCACGACCAGUUUCUGGUGCAAGCGCUCAACGAUUAAUGAAAUACAGUUCAUCUGGAAUGCGAUUCAAAACCAGAGCAAGAUCAUUAUUAUCCAGUUUCCUUGGGAGGCAAAGGGGGAUGCUUCCUGUUAGGAGAUUAUUGCUAAUGGCAUACCUUUUGGCUAUCCAUGUUUUUGCAUUUAUGUCAAUAUACGGAUUUCUAACGUGAUAGCUUAUAGAAAGAAUUUAGAUAAUUUUCAAUUCUCAAACUAGAAAAUGCAAAAUAGUAUAGAAAUUAGAUUAUUUAAAGUCGUAAAGAUUAUCGAUUAACUAAAGAAACUGCUGUUAGUAACUUAAAACAAAUAAUAGGGAUUAGUGAGUAAAACGGUAAAUUUUACAUAUUGGCAAUAGCCAUGAAAUUUAUAGAAUUAAA